AUGACAGCAAUUGGUACAGCACUUUUAGCAAUUAUGUCACAGCUUGGCGAUAGCCGAAGGUACUGUUUAACUCAUUAAUGAUUUAUUAUUAAAGUUUUGCUGUUUAAAAUUUAUUGCCAAAUAAAACAUUUUUAACAAAGGGCAAAAAUUAAAAGAUUUUACUUCUUCAUAGAAAAUACAAUAUAUUUAAACUAUAAUAACAUCACUUUUAAUUACACAGGUGUGUCAUUACAUUUGUAAUCAUCUUCAUUCCAAGUCAUACUUAUGUGCUAGCUUCAGUGCUACCUCUGCUAUGGUAAGUUUGUUUGGUGUAACUUGCAUGGUUAAUAACACUCCAUAACAAUUAAAACUGGAUACCAAUUAUCUGUUAUAUAACUUUUAAAAUAUUAUAAUAAUAUUAAUGUAGAAGAGGUUUAUAAAUCUAAUAAUUUGUGCUAAAUAGUUUGCAGAAUAAAAGAAUAAAGAUGUUGGUGUACUAUGUUUGAACAUAACUUUUCUAUUAUAAUUUAUUGUAAAAAAAAGACCACCCAAAAAUAUUACAAAGUGCAACAUCUAAAAAAUCACAUUCUUUUAGGUUGUCUGGCUGGCAUUUUCUUCUUAUUGUGAUGGUGAACCUUUUUGUGAUAAUGACAGCUGGUUGGGUCUUGUUGCAGUUCAAGGCUUUCAGGAUGGAGGAGCCCACUCUAGCUGCUGUAAGUGUUACACUUAAUGAGAGGUAGAAUUUUUAAAUACAACACUUCUUAAAAUAGUAUUUUCCAAGUAAAGCACCAUUGUGCCCCCUCUGCAAACAUCCAUUUGAGACAAUAAAAUAAUCACCUCUUCCCCUGGCUGGCACUUCAGGACACCAAUGUGCCCCCUCUGCAGACAUCCAUUUGAGACAACAAAAUAAUCACCUCUUCCACUGGCUGGCACUGCAGGACACCAAUGUGCCCCCUCUGCAGACAUCCAUUUGAGACAAUAAAAUAAUCACCUCUUCCCCUGGCUGGCACUGGCAGGACACCAAUGUGCCCCCUCUGCAGACAUCCAUUUGAGACAAUAAAAUAAUCACCUCUUCCACUGGCUGGCACUGCAGGACUUACGCCGUAACUCUCUACCAAAAGCACCAGACCACACCAACACCCUAUAUACAAACAAAGGACAGCCGCGGGGUGUUGGUCAUUUCUUCACUGCGGCCACGGCCUGGAGGGCACAUGCCCAUUGAGGGUACAUGCCCAUUGAAAGUACAUGCCCAUUGAGGGUACAUGCCCAUUGAGGGUACAUGCCCAUUGAGGGUACAUGCCCAUUGAGGGUACGUGCCCACUGUGGGUACAUGCCAAUUGGCCACAGGAUCUGAAUGAUGAUGAGGAUGAAAACAUUUAAUUUUUAGCCUUUAUGACUGUGAGCAACGUUCUGAUUCUUGUUAUUUGGUCACAAAGGGUUUGCUAGGUGGCAGUCAGCUGAAACAGUAGAGUGAAAUAAUUGGAAUUUGAGAAGCAAUUUUCUUUUCUGCAGCCUUUAAAUUUAAAAAAAUAUCCCAAUAUUCCCCAAUGACCUUUACAUAUUAUGAUGGUGGUUUUUCAACAGUUCUAAACUAAAAAAGGGUUUUGGGGGGAGUUUUAAUAUUAAGAUUGGCAGUAACUAGAACUUAUCGCGAAGCUUGUUAAAGAGUUACAAUUUUAAUCAUCUCAUUAAGUAUGUCACGUGUCUAUAAAAUAGGUACACAGCUAAAAAAAUGAUUGGGAACCAAUGUUUUCCGGCAGAGUGACAGGAUUUUCUUGUAUUUUGUACCUGGCUUUAUCUAUUUCUGAUGUGUAAAACAUUUUUUACCUGGUUUUCACUGAUGAUACAAAAUUUUUAAGGGGAGAAUGGGGUAUCCGGUAUCAUGUUAAAUUUGAGUAUGUGAUAACUUUAGUUAUUUUGUUUGUAUUAAAAUAAUAUUUUUAUAAGCUUAAAAAAAUAAUGCAAUGUGAUGAUUGAAAAAUACACACUUCUGGGUACUAUUUUUAUAACAUCAACAUAAAGCAUUAACAGUAAUAAAUUGUACUGAUUUUCUGUAGCUAUUUUAGAGUUGGUUGAAAUGUUUCAUAAGCUUUUAAAAGGUGCAUCUUACUGUUAUUUGAGUUUGGUUUAAGUAAAAUAAAGAGUAGUCAAGAGAGACACCCACACAAAAAUCUUUAAAAUUUCACUUUGGGAAAUUAACUUUUUUUUUUUUUUGGUUAUGUUUUUCAAAUGUCAGUGGCAGCUUACUUUAAUAUGUGUAUCAAAUUUUAUUCACGAUUAAAUUACUUGAAUAAUUUAAACUUAUUGAAAAAUAUGCACUUUUUAAAGAGAUCUGUUGUUAAUGGCCACUAUGCAUAAUGUAUGAUUCUUGCAGUAGUGGAAAAUCAGUCUCGAAAAGUAAGCUCAUGCUGCAGAAGUAAAACCAGUUCCCGUCUGUCCACAGAUUGUAGAGCAGAUGUUAUUCACAGUUUAUCCUCUAGUUUGUACUGGACUGGUGUGCUGGGCAUUAGGAGCAGUGGUGCCUGCCUCAGUUUUACCUACAGUUUUUUCUUUUAUUUGGCAAGUACAUUUUCAUAUCCAUGUACUGGUUAUAUCACAGAUGCCAACUUUACAGGGGUAAACACCUUGAAUUAAAGGGAGAACAAAUGUGGGCAAAUAUUUUUGAAAGAGUGUAAAAGAAGAUGGAAUGUAUGGAAAUUUCUAAACUGACAGGGUUGAUGGGUUUGUACAAACAGUAGCAAUGGGCAUAUCAAAAAUGGUUGGUACAAACUGAUGGCGGUCUCAAAACUAACAAGAGAAAGCUACUGGCUGGGUUUGUACAAACAAUGAUAUAGUAUAGUGUCCCUGGCUGGGUUUGUACAAACAAGGAUACAGUAUAGUGUCCCGGCUGGGUUUGUACAUAUAUUGAUAUAGUAUAGUGUCACUGGCUGGGUUUGUACAAUCUAGUUAUUGUUGAACUCAGAAAAAUAGGCUUGGCAUGUGCACUUUCCAAUUCCCUCCAUUUAUUUAAGCCCCUGGGAAUGACUGACUAAACUAUUUUUAUGCAUCAGGUUCGUCUUGCUUCAACUGUAUCUGGUCCCUACAUUAUCCUCAUUCAAAGUCCAGACGACCCCUGAUGAGAGCCUAGAUGUUGUCCAGGUUCCCAUCGUGGCCGUAACAGUCAUAGUGUUUGUCCUGCUGGGUCCUCUCCUACAUUUUGUCCUGUCCUUUCUUGCUGCUGAUGCCCCAGGCAUAUCUGUAAUGUUUUUUGUAAGUCAAUUUGUUUUCCUGGAUAAUAAUUAAUACUCAUCUUUGUUGGUCUCAUCUCUUGUGACAUUUAUGAGAACAAAUAAUUUUUUCAUUCUUUUGUGAACUUUGAAUCUAACUCAUUUCCUUUUUGUAGUUAAGACUUAGCAACUUUAAGGUUUCUGUUUAAAUGGGAGAAAUGUUAGAACUGUGCCAUCAUUGUGUUGGUUUUCUAUAUUUGGCAGUGAAAUUUUAUAAAAAUGUUUUAGUUCAGAUGCAUAUAAAUUAAGUGUGAAUAUUUGUUUUGAUCUCCAGGUUCACUUGGUCUUUAUCCUGUCACUUACCUUGUUUUUAUCCACCUUGCUCAGUAUUAGGCAAAUAUUUGAAUAUCUGGGUAAGUCCUUUCUAAACCUUGGGAUAUAUUUUCUAAAUCUUUUUAAAACGACAACAUGCUGGAAUUUCAAAAAAAUAAAUUUGGAUUUAUAUAAAGAAAGACGCGAUGAAGUACUUAGAAUAAUCCCCAGCUUAAUAUCAUCCCCCAAAAUAUCACCACAGAAAAAGUAUGCCAGCAAAACACCAAAGCCAUAUUAGGAGCUGCCUCCUAAAGUGUCCCGAGGCGCUGCAGGGGGAAAUAUAAACCUUUCUGGAACAGAAUAUCGACAAAGCCAUAAAAAAUAGAAUCUGCCUGGAAAUCUUUAGAAAAUAAUCCAAUUGUUGAAAACAAAAUAAUUCUAAAUCAGGCCAGAGGCAAAGAGAAAAUAGCUAUCAAGACAGCCGAGAGAAAUACAUGGGCCCAGACAACGCAGAAGUAGACCUACGCAAGAAUGGUCCCUUCUAAGUAACCUCUGUGGUGAAAGGAGGACCUCAAACCCAAAACCUAUGUAAUAGUACUAGGUAAAAGUAAAAAUAAGGGAAGAUCAAAAAAAAAAAAAGCAGAGAUCUAUAACAAACACUUUGCCUGAAGAAACAAGGCAAACAAAAAGACAGACAGUGACCAGUGCCUAAUAGAUUACCUAAAAUCCAUAAAGAGAGCUCCUAAUGCCCUUUUUGAAGAGAUCUUCACACUGGCUUAACGCAACAGAGCUAUGAAGAAAUUGAAAUCUUGAAAAGCACCAGAGUCAAAUAAAAUCCAUAAUGAGAUGCUGAUCAAUUCUGGACCCUUUAGUGGGAAAAUAAAAGCUAUUUUGUUCUUAUAAACAGCACUUGGCGCCCAAGUGAGAUCCCUAAACUCUGGGAAAAUGCUGCAAUAAUAACACUUAGAUUAAAAAAGAAAAGUCUGCAGACCCUUAUCCCUGACCUGGUGCAUUAGAAAACUUGCAGAAAGAAAGAUCAACAAUUGCCUCUACUGGUGGCUAGAAACAAUGUGCACCCAAGAUAAACACCAGUCUAACAAAAAUAAAUAAAAUGCCAGCUCAUCAAUGUUUGUCCUGGAAGAAGGGCUUCCACCAGGUUCGUCACUGAGUUGUACCCUAUUUUUAAUGACCUAUCGGACAAGCUACAGGUGGAGAAGGCACUCUACGCAGAUGACCUUGUGAUGUAACAUACUUACUGACACACAGGUAUAAGUGCAAGAUGUCUUUAUGAAGACUUGAUGAGGCUCAGUACACACUGAAAAGUGGAAACUGAAAAACAGUUUACUCUGUCUUCACUAAAAGCCACAUUAUGCCUAAAAGGCGCCAUACUCCAAAAAGAAUACAAUCCAAACAUAUCUUGGUGUCUUGUUAAAUGGGAAACUCAGUUAACAAAAGUAUUUUCAAAACUAGAAAGAAAAAGUCAAGGGGGGGGAGAGACAGUGACAAGACCACACAGCGUCAGUUGUACAUAGGAUUGUACAGACCACACAGCGUCAGUUGUACAUAGGAUUGUACAGACAACACAGCGUCAGUUGUACAUAGGAUUGUACAGACCACACAGUGUCAGUUGUACAUAGGAUUGUAUAGACCACACAGCGUCAGUUGUACAUAGGAUUGUACAGACCACACAGUGUCAGUUGUACAUAGGAUUGUACAGACCACACAGCGUCAGUUGUACAUAGGAUUGUACAAUCAGUAAUUGAAUUCAGCUUUGCACUAGUUAGUUUGCAUCAAGACCGUCCAGGACUCUCUCUAGGAAAAGUCCAACGCCAGGCAGUCCAUUUCAUCCCUGGAGUUAUAGGAUCUACCCCAACAGCAGGAUGUGAAAUACAGAAUAAAAUUGAACCAAAGAGAGGUGGCAGUUAUUGAGAUGGUUUCAGCAAUAUCCAAAUAGACACAUGGUUGAGAAAUAGAAACCAAACCAUAGAAUUAUACAGAAAUCAAUACGAGAUGUGGCCCCUGGAAUUGAAGAGAAACACCCCCUGCCAACAGGUAAGAUUUGCAACAAAUGGUUUAUAUCAAAGCAGACCUAAUGGAAAAGACAGAAGAGAAAAGCACUGAUCCAUUGCAUGCAAUCACAGCGACAGAAAAAUCUGAAGCAUCCUGACCACAAGAUAUAAUCCAAUGAUAUACAGAUGGGUCAGCUUUCAAAGGAGACCUACGUGUAGGCUAUGGUGUAUAAAUAGAGUACCCAGACCAAUCAUGUGAUGACCCCUGCAAGCCCUGCGGGGGCGAUCUGCAGUAUGAAGCAGAAGUGACUGCUAUUGAAGCAGCAUUGCACCACCUAUCUGCAAUCUUCACAGUUCACCCCGGCAAACAAAGUCAUGUCUUUAUCUUCUCCGACUGCAAAUCAUGCAGCUGACAAUCAAGAUGCCACAAAAAACUGCAGUUAAAUCACUACUUCUGAAAAUAAACACACUGCAAAGCAGAUUAUCAAAAUGUUUGUUCCAUAGCUCAAUAAAUCAACCAGUUGUGUAAACUGUGUGGUCAGCAAACAUUUUUUGUAAAGGGCCAAGAGUAAAAAUUUGUAAACACUACAGGAAGAGUGAAAUAAAUUUCUGGGCUACCACAUAUAGGGAUGCCUUUGUGUAGUUGUCACCUGGAAAGUGGUGGCACAUGUUAUUCAACAUAUAUUGGUAUUGACUUAAUUAAGAUAGUAAAAUAUGUUCAUUUCUGUGGAGGAUUUUUAUUUAAUAUAUGGCAUAUCUACUUCUAUCUCCACCUUGUUUGUAGAGCCGAGGGAAUUAUGUGCACAUUUUUUGUUGUUUUCAGGUCUACCUUACAGUACAGCGAUUUAUGUGCGGUGGGUCACCGGCCUUAUUUGCACAGCCCUUUCUUCAC